CAACAACACCCCACAAUACCUACUUUACCCUCAUGCGCAGGAAGAAUCAGUCUUAAAAACAUCAACAGAAUGCGUCGCUACGCAGAGGCAACACCGUGCCCAGCACCGCAUCCCUCAUAUCACAGCCAUAGACAGUCCGAAUAUGGACGCCGUUCGUCAAUUUACGCGCCCGGCUUCUCCACCGAUGACACAACAGCCAAUCUCGAGUACACGACCGAAUUCCAGGCGAAUCUGAGGCAGGCGAAACCUAGGCGACCAAUGCGCGCUGCGCGCAAACAACCUGCAUUCAAUCCCGACCUGGAUAUAUUCGAGGAUGUUGCGCAAGAAGAAGAGCAGCAAGUUCAACAGGAGGCCUUAGAGACAAAAAGAAGGUCUCGAACCUCCAUCAUGCCCAGGGGCGCGACGGAAAAGAGAUCCACCAUUCUUGCACAUCCAGCACAGAGGAUGCCUGUCCAGGAGCAUCUAGUAAUGAAACCACAACGCAGACGCGUUUCGCAGCUCUUGGUGGACAGAAACGACAGUGCCACAGUCCGAUUGCAGGAGGAUGUUCUUGACAAGAGGGAUUCUAAAAGAGAGAACCUUAAGAAGGAUCCUCGACGCAGAACCAUUUAUGUCCCAUCUGAGGACACUACGAUCAUGACCAUCCACCCUGGUCAGCCUACCCACAAGUCUAGGAACCCACGGGCAAAAUCGCCAGAUAUCGGCUUGGAUCUCGUCACACUGUCUGAGGAGGAAUCCGAGAAUCUCGUAUCGGCACUCAAGAAGAAGCCUCCGCGGAAAUCCCUGGCAGUACCACCUAAGCGGGCUCCUCUUCAACAGUCCCACCGAUCUCAUCAAGGCGUCACAACUUCGGAGGACCGGUUUGGCAAAGGCAAUGGCAAGGAGAACGUCCCACCAGGCAUUGACAUCUUCCUCGAUUUCAGCAAGGAUGUCAAGGAGGAAAUUAAGAAGCCGGUCACGAAAGCCCCACGCGUUCAUUUCAAACCUCCUCGCGCCCCCGAGACUUUGGCUCGCAAGAAAUCGCUGUCUGAAAGCACCCAAAAGCGCCCGCGUUCCGAGACGAGUAGCGACGGCCAUCCAGUGAAAUCAAUUAAGGCGAAAGCAGACGGAUCAGCAGGUACUACCAGGCGAGUUACGACAGCUAGAUUAUCUACGAAAAUGGUGACGAAGGCUCGCGUACCUAGAGCUGACCGAGCGCCAUUAUCAUCCUCUCCUUUCCACAUGGACAAGUCGCCACCAAACGCACUCCGCAGGCAACGAACCGAGAGAGCAACAAGCACGAUCACCAUGAUGCAUGAAGUGGGUAGGCCACAACAGGCCCGAGAAGCUUACCCUGUUCUGUCGGAGGAUUUGGCAAGGCCAGAACUAUACGAAGACAACUGGCUCACAUACCAGGAGGUUGCCAUCACACAACUGCUAAACUCAUUGUUCGACUCAGCGAAAUCAACAACAGAUGCAGACGACAAUACUAACAACCUCCGAAGCAAGAUGCUGGCCCUAUACCAUGAGCCUAGUGUUCCUGUUUUACACAAGCGCCUUCAGGCAUCUCUGCUGUAUGGGGCUUUAAGCAUUCCCAAGGACUUGUUAGCUCAAACGAUACGGCUAAAAGACGAUGUGGGCAUGCGCAAGAAGUUUCUCAAUCUAUGGGUCAAAACCUACGAUCUCCCAGCCCUUCGCGCAGCAGCCGAAACUGUCAUUGGACGCCAACUUACAGUUCCCUGUCGGUUAUCUAGCGGAUCAACAAGCUCAGAUGAUGGAUCCCGACAAUUCCGUUCCGAACGUAGAGCUAUUGAGGCCUUCCUGGAUGCAUUCCUAAUUCGCAACGAGGAUGCUGUGCGAGUUAAAGCUGGAGGAGGAAGCAUUGCAAGUAUUGCACGGGCCGAGCAAGGUGAUGAUUUCGGCUCUCAGGGCUGGGGCUGGAGAAGAACUGCCUUGCGGAGUUUGAUGCUCGUUCUCGUUCUCGACCGGGCCAAGAAGGCGGACAUUGUUUCAGGAUGCCUUUUCCAGACUACUUCUCCUUACAAGACCUCAGUCGAUGUGCUGCACCACCUUGCGAGCAUGCUACUUCCUUCGCAUGGUGAUGUAACCAGACCGCUGGGGCAUUUCGACUACAAGGUUGACCACGUACAAUAUCCUCUUCAAGAAUACACAUACCAGAUCGAAAACAUUGCGAUCGAUUUACGGGAUGGUGUUAUUCUGACUCGCCUUAUUGAGCUCCUGCUCUACUCGCCCUCCGCUUCUGCCUCUCAGCAAGAGACAAUCACCAUAUCUUUGCCAAGUGGAGAACUGCUCACGAGCAUUCUCGACGUCGAGCAAAAGGAAAAUUGGGUUCUAUCACAGCAUCUCAAGUUCCCUAGCAUUGGACGUGCACAAAAGCUAUACAACGUCCAACUAGGGCUCUCUGUACUUACUGGCAUUCGUGGCAUUCCAAUUCAAGCUGUCGGUGGUAUCAAAGCUGAAGAUAUCGUGGACGGGCAUCGAGAGAAGACUCUCAGCCUACUUUGGUCCUUGGUUGGAAAAUGCGGACUUGCCACUCUAGUCGACUGGUCGCAUAUCGUCAAAGAAGUCAAUCAUUUCCGAGACCUAUGGUACCGCAAGCGCGAUAACUAUGCCCAGCGCGAUCUGGAUUCGGACGAUGAUGAAGCGACUACAGAAUUAGAAGGCCUCGACUAUCACAAACGAUUGUUACUGUCUUGGGCUCGCAGCAUUGCACGCCUACAAGGUCUACGCGUUAGCAACUUGACAACUUCUUUCUCGGACCCACGGGUUUUAGAGGCGAUCGUCGACAUGUAUCUUCCCUCAGCAUUAGCUCUGACGACCGGAUCAACUCAGCUAUCCCUGGCCACCAAAUUGAGAGCAGCAGGCUGUUCUACUUCUUUCAUUGCCUUGUUCGCUCCCAAUAAUAUGAAGGCGAGGUCAAUACCAUCAAAGGAUUUUACGCUUCUCACACUGUCCUUCCUAGCAUCACGCCUCCUUCCACUUUCUGUCAAGCAUCGUGCUGCUGCUACGAUCCAACAAGCAUAUCGUCGCCACCUUGCACGACGUGAAAUGCACAAACGCGUCAUGCUCAUGCGCGUCGCUGCCGACUGCGCUGUCGUGGCUCAAAGGCGGGAAGUGCUGGUGAAUGCCGCCAUGGUCCUCCAGAGACGAUGGAAAGCGAUUUUGGCGCAACGAACGGAGCAGUUGACCCAUGACAUCGAGCUCUUCCAAGCGUUGGCGCGAGGAUGGGCGAUUAGGAGAUGGGUUCGCAGAAUCACUGGAGGAAGGGUUGGGGGCAAGGAGAAGGUUAGACGCAUCCGAGGCGGUUGGUGAUUAGAUUGGCACAGUUUUGGAUGCGAGUCCGAUCAUGUGUGAAAUCUUGAUUGAAGCACUUGGCAGUUCCUGUUCGGAAUCUUGCUAUUGUACGAAUUACGAAUUUCUGUAUUUUCUCUUGUUCUGCCGCUGGUGCGGGAGACAAAGGUUUUAGGGUUGAUGUUUCUUUUGGCGCUUGAAGCUUUCAGGCAUAUGCAGGAUACCAUUGACUAAAUUGUCAGCUCAUUCUUCUUAAUACUAGA